GGAGAUGGUCCGCGGGCAGGUGUUCGACGUGGGGCCGCGCUACACCAACCUCUCGUACAUCGGCGAGGGCGCCUACGGCAUGGUGUGCUCUGCUUAUGAUAAUCUCAACAAAGUUCGAGUAGCUAUCAAGAAAAUCAGUCCUUUUGAACACCAGACCUACUGCCAGAGAACCCUGAGAGAGAUAAAAAUCUUGCUGCGCUUCAGACAUGAGAACAUCAUUGGCAUCAAUGAUAUUAUUCGAGCACCAACCAUUGAGCAAAUGAAAGAUGUAUAUAUAGUACAGGACCUCAUGGAAACAGAUCUUUACAAGCUCUUGAAGACACAACACCUCAGCAAUGACCAUAUCUGCUAUUUUCUUUAUCAGAUCCUUAGAGGGUUAAAAUACAUUCAUUCAGCUAAUGUUCUGCACCGUGACCUCAAGCCUUCUAACCUGCUGCUCAACACCACUUGUGAUCUCAAGAUCUGUGACUUUGGCCUCGCCCGUGUUGCUGAUCCAGAUCAUGAUCACACAGGGUUCCUGACAGAAUAUGUAGCCACACGUUGGUACAGAGCUCCAGAAAUUAUGUUGAAUUCCAAGGGCUACACCAAAUCCAUUGAUAUUUGGUCUGUGGGCUGUAUCCUGGCAGAGAUGCUAUCCAACAGGCCCAUCUUCCCAGGAAAGCAUUAUCUUGACCAGCUGAACCACAUUCUAGGUAUUCUUGGAUCUCCAUCACAGGAAGACCUGAACUGUAUAAUAAAUUUAAAAGCUAGAAACUAUUUGCUUUCUCUCCCACACAAAAAUAAGGUGCCAUGGAACAGGCUGUUCCCAAAUGCUGACUCCAAAGCUCUGGACUUACUGGACAAAAUGUUGACAUUUAACCCUCACAAGAGGAUUGAAGUAGAACAGGCUCUGGCUCACCCAUAUCUGGAGCAGUAUUAUGACCCAAGUGACGAGCCCAUUGCUGAAGCACCAUUCAAGUUUGACAUGGAAUUGGAUGACUUGCCUAAAGAGAAGCUCAAAGAACUCAUUUUUGAAGAGACUGCUAGAUUCCAGCCAGGAUACAGAUCUUAAACUUGUCAGGACAAGGGCUCAGAGGACUGGACGUGCUCGGAUAUUGGUGUUCUUCCCAGUUCUUGACCCCUGGUCCUGUCUCCAGCCUGUCUCAGCUUAUCUACUUUGACUCCUUUGAGCCAUUCGGAGGGGCAGUUUCUGGUAGUAGUGGCUUUUAUGCUUUCAAAGAAUUCCUUCAGUCCAGAGAAUUCUUCCUGGCACCCUUGUGUGUGUCACCCACCAGUGACCUGCAGCAGUAUGUACUUUGAGUGCACCUGCUGCUUACCGUUGCUUUAGUCACUAACUGCUUUCUGGUUUGAAAGAUGCAGUGGUUCCUCCCUUUCCUGAAUCCUUUCUACAUGUCACCCUGCUGAACUGUGCGGCCUCACCAGAGCAAGAGUCUUUCCAGACUGGCUCCAGUCACUGGCCUCUCACUUUACAAUAGGGAAGGCUAUUACCUAGGGCACUUUAAGUCAGUGACAGCCCCAAAUUUGCACUUCAUCUGUUGACUAUAACCAUCCCCCCAGAGCAGGGGCUUGUGGAAAUACCUUGAAUGGUGUUGCAGCCUCCAGCAGGUGCUUCCGUCUCGGGAGUCCUUUGGGAGCACUUGUCUGUGUAUAUCAUGUUAGUCACAUAUUUAAGGUAUGUAUCUUUUGCCCAGCUUUUAAGAAAUUUAAUCAUUUUUCUAGAAAGGAAGCACUGCACUAGUAAUGUUAUUCUGCAGAUUUCCUGUGGUUACUUUUAUUGUUAUAGAGGUGUAGCACUUGACAAAAAGUGUUACUUGCUAUCCUUAGUGUAACAGCUGUGCUUGGCAUUUGGUGCAAGAUAUGCACAUGGUCACACACUGAGCUGUGGAAGUUUCUGGAGAAGUAGUGAGCAAGCUGACCUGGAUGUUCAGGGUGGAGCUCCAUACUCCAGUGUGCAAAUGCCUUGAGCUGUUUCAUGCACGAGGCUCUUUGAGUAACCACAUUCAAUGCCUCAGGAUUUAGCAAAGAGGAACACUGCGUCUUUAAAUGAGAAAGUGUACAGUUCUUUUCCUUCUACAGCAUGUCAGCAUCUCAAGCUCACUUUUCAACCUACGGUAUAAUGAUUUGUAAUAAAACCUUCAUGAGCUCUCAACAUGAAGCUCUGUUCUGUCGCCAAGUACUUUAAGAUAUUUCUGGUACUGCUGAGUUACGAACGUCAUAAAAAGCUAGCACUAAAGUUAUGUUCAGAGCUCUCCAUAUUUCCUGAUCUCUCUAAUAUUUGUUCCUGCGCUGUGUGCUGUGGAGUUGACGGUGUUGUCCCAGUGCAGUGCCUCCUGGCUCCCCCACUGCUCUCUGAUGAGAAGUUUGCCUUGUUCAAUACUUACUGUGCCCUCGCAUGACUGUUACGGCUUUCUGUACAGAGACCACUGUCCAAGUGCCACAUCCUAUGACUGAGCAAAAUCUAUUGUGACCUCUGAGUUGUGUUCCACAAAGAAUGCUAUCCAGCAGAUCAUUUAGGAACAAUAAUUCUGUUUUUAGCUUUUCAUUUCUCAGCUGUCCUUUUUUUUUUUCUUGUUUGAUUUUUGACAGCAAUGGAGAAUGGGUUAUAUAAAGACUGCCUGCUAAUAUGAACAGCAAUGCACUUGUAAUUCAUGGAAAUAAAUGUAAAUUUUUAUCUCCACAUUCAUGAUAAGAUUCAGUUUUGAUUUCCUCUGGAUCAGCGUGUCUUAAGUGGACAGUCAUAUUCAAUUUGUGCUUCAAACAGAAAUGUUCAUGGGCCUCACUUUACCCCCCUGGGCACUGUGUCACUCACCAGUUCACAUAAGGUGACUCAAAAAGGUCUUUUUACCCUCUGUUUAGAGAUGAGUUUGACAUACUCCCCUGUUAAAAAUGAUAGGUCUCAAAUAGACAGGAAUGAUGACGCCCAAACAUACCAGGUUGGAAUCUCUGGCUCCCUUUGAAGAGGGCUUGCCCACCCGUGUGCCCCAGGGCUGUUGCUGGGCAUCCGAAUUCGGGGGAAGGAGGAGCUGCUGAAUAUCCCAUGGCAUCUGCCACCAGGUUCGGUGCUGACACUCACACCUCACCUGGCUAAAGGAUGGCUGACACAUCCUCAGAAACCAGAAGCACAUCUUGAUCUUGCCCUAAAUACAUGCUUUUCACUUCCACACAGACCUAAGGUGAAGCCCACCCAGCAUUGACAGGACAGAAAAUCAACUGUUAUUUGAUACACCAGUAGUCAGUUUUCAUUUUUUUAAAGAAACAUUGACCGUUUCACUAUUUGUUUCUUUGUAUUUUUUAAAGGAAAUAUUCAUAUUAUGAGAUUUGAUUUGCAAUCUUCUAAAUAAAGAAACCAUAGUCUCAGCUUCUAAUAUCUGGGGACUGAGCUUUUGCUGUCUCCUUUCCUAGUAUUAUGGAAUGAGAUUGGCAUGAAACUACUCAAGGCAUUCUAGGGUCACUGCACUGCAAGUCCUGCUUUUUUUUUUUCUUUCUUUUUUUUAGCACCGUGACAAAUAUAAUUAACAGGUCAAAGAGCUGUCAAAACCAAGGUACCUAUGGAAACUGAUAACUGUUAGGUAUAAUGAACUCCUCAUUUUGAGACUCUCCUUACAUUUCUAAAGAUAAACAGAUUAGGUCAUCUCAGUUCACACUGGUGACACUGAGUGCCUACAUUAUUUGUAUGCAUAGAUAAGCUGUCCAUUGGGUGGCUUUAUUGGUGUCUUAAAAUGUGAGCAAAAAACUCUUGUUAAAACAUUCCACUCCUUUCAUUUAGUAUGAAAAAAAGACACCCACCAAGCUAGUAGGGUAGAUGCUAGAGCCACAGUGGGCACUGCUCUGACUCAGUCUACAGAGCUGACAGUGACAUAAACCAUUGAGGCCUCUAGGUAAAAGAACAUGGUGUUCUGUGUGCAGUGCAUAGCAUGUAGUACAUUUAUAUCCACCUCACACUCGUUCCUGCCUGUUUUGGGUACAAGCAGUAAAGGUGGAGGUAAUCAUUAGUUUGGGGAAGUUAUGGUUGUCUCUGAGGAAUCACAAGGUAGAUCACCACACUGCAUGCCAUACAGUAUUCAGACCAUUCAGAAGAGACUUUUAUCUUUAUUUGCUCAUGUUAAUAUGGUUUUGAAUUGGUAACUUUUUUAUAUAGUAUGGUAACAGUCUGUUAAUACACACAUACAUAUUAUACACGUAUGCUUUGGGUCCCUCCAUAAUACUUUUGUAUUUGUAAAUCAAUGUUUUGGAGCAAUCCCAAAUUCAAGGGAAAUAUUUUUGUAAUUGUAAUGGUUUUGAAAACUUGAGCAGUCCUUUUGCUUAUACAUUUUUAAAGCAUUUGUGCUUUAAAAUUGUUACGCUGGUGUUUGAAAUAUGGUAUCCUAUAACCCAGAUAAGAAGCAUGUAAGAGUGGGUAAAUAGUGUGAUUUCUCUUACUGUAUCCAACUUGACAUGGUGGAUCAGCAACAGUGGGAAUCCAGAGUGAAUUCUCUAGGAUUACAUCAGGUUUACCUAAAGCUUGUUGCCUUUUUGUGCUGUUUAUCCAUGUAGAACACUCCAGAACGUUCUGACAUUGCUUUGUAUCUGCUUUGUACUGUUGGUGCCUUUUUGGUAUUGUAUCCCAAACUCUGCAUAGAUUAUUUAGGAUAAUGGUAAGUUUUAAAAAAAAAAUGUUGAAGGAAGAUUUUAUUAAGAAUCCGAAUGUUUAUUCAUUAUAUUGUUAAACUUUAACAUUUAUUUGUGGUAUUGUGAUUUGGUUAAUCUGUAUAAAAAUUGUAAGUAGAAAGGUUUAUAUUUCAUCUUAAUUCUUUUGAUGUUGUAAACGUAAUUUUUAAAAGGUGGAUUAUUUGAAUGUUUAUGGCACCCGACUUGUAAAAAAAAAAAAUACAAAAAAAAAAUCCUUAGAAUCAUUAAAUUGUGUCACUGUAUUACCAGAA